AAAUAAGCGAAGCGGCUCCGAACAGGGCGAGGGUAAUUGAACUAAUAAAUCUAGCCGUGUAACUGCGCCCGCUUCAGGAUCAAGCCAAGACCAUUAAACCUUAGCUCAGAUUCCGCUCUGCGUUGCUCUGCCUUCCCGUAUGGGUAUACGGUGUCACUGUGUCCCCUGCCGAAUUUUCACUACUGAAUACUUAUUCACAUACAUCGAUUUCUAUUUUCCUUGUGCGUUCUUAAUGCUCUCUACAAGUUCACUACUCGCAUGCCCUAUAAAACUGUCGUUCAAUACGUGUUAUCGGUUUAACUUGUUUUGGUUUUAACAGCAUUCGAUUUCCUUUCUCCCAUCUUGACCGCGAUAUACUUAUACCUAGUUUUCAUGAAUCACUUGUGGUGUUAUCACCUUUCUUUCGCGGUGGUCGUAUUCUUCGCUUCAAAAGUUAAGGGUAAACCCAUAGAGAUUCACGAUGAUGAUUCAGUAGAUUUGCCAGAAGAUUUCGUGAAAUAUGUUCAGCAGUUAGGAGCCUCAGUGUUUAAAGUUACAGAAAAAUCAUUCGACACACGUGGUAAUCGCGACAAAUUAGUGUUGAAAUCUUCUAAUACUAGCACAGUCCUGGUUAGAAAGAAAAAUGAUCUAAUGGUAAGGAGCACUCAAAAUGCUGCUUUGCGAGAUAUCCUGAUGUUGAAGCUCGUUUCUUACUAUGAAGAUAAGUACAAACUGUCGCGGGUGGACGGGGUUGCAACUACGACACGUACUACCGAGCCUCUAGCGCUGGAGAGACUAUUUGAUAACCCUGAGUUUACUCGUUACUCUAACACCAAACAUAACAACAGGAGAAGCACUGCAACCAAAAGAACAAUUGCUAGACGACGACGAUACCCAAAUGCAAACAGUAGCGGAUCGUCUAGGCUUCCUAUGCCUUCUGAUAUGCAAACGAUGUACGAGAAUGCUGCCGAAGUUGUUGUAAUAUAAGCUACUUAUUGAAAUUCUUACAUUUUUAAAUGGGUCUCCUCAAGGAUAUUCAAGAAAUGAGCAAAUUAAUAAAAAUGAAAACUUUAAAAUAAUACUGUUUUGCCGAGCUAAAAAAAAUCACU